AUGGCACCCUCAGGGGAGUUCCGAGUCCGCCUGGCUCGGAAGUUGCAGACCGGUGAUUAUUUUGCUCCAUCGCUCCAGCAAAGGGGCUUCAGGUCCAGCAGAGAUGUGGGUCAGGCGUCAGGAAGCGUUUUCUCCAUCCAGGUUGAGAGGCCUCGAGACUGCCUGAGCAGGACGGGAGAGUCCAGCUGCGGGGUGGACACCAGGCUUGGUUACAGCCUGUCCGGCCUGAAAGCAAGGGACACACAGGGGGUGCCGGGACCCCGAGAGCACCUGAGGGGCUCUGGCCUGGCCUGUGCCGUAUCCUCGCAGCCUUCUGGUCUGUGGCUGUCUGGGCCGGCACAUCUGGGUCCUGGUGACUUUGCCCCUUUGCCGAUUCUGACCCUCCUUCAGUCAGGACAGUUUAACGAGGACAUGAUCCCCACCGUGGGCUUCAACAUGCGCAAGAUCACCAAGGGGAAUGUGACCAUCAAGCUCUGGGACAUCGGGGGACAGCCUCGCUUCCGCAGCAUGUGGGAGCGCUACUGCCGAGGAGUGAGUGCCAUCGUGUACAUGGUGGACGCCGCUGACCAAGAGAAGAUCGAGGCCUCCAAGAAUGAGCUCCACAACCUGCUGGACAAGCCCCAGCUGCAGGGCAUCCCGGUCUUAGUCCUGGGUAACAAGCGAGACCUCCCAGGAGCCUUGGAUGAGAAGGAGCUGAUUGAGAAAAUGAAUCUGUCCGCCAUCCAGGACCGAGAGAUCUGCUGCUACUCCAUCUCCUGCAAAGAGAAGGACAACAUUGACAUCACCCUACAGUGGCUUAUCCAGCACUCAAAGUCACGGAGAAGCUGAGGCUGCUGCCCGCCCCCUCGGACCAGGGACGCCGCGCUCCCGCCCCGCCCCCACCCCCCCAAGCCCACCCCUGGUACUCAGCCUGGGGAGGGGCCCUCUGGGGGGAUCCCAGAGUCCUGCUCUGCUGAGGUUUGAACUCCUGAUUUUACUGUAAAAUAAGUUGCUCCUGUCUGGCCCCUGAUCUCUCCUGCCCCUCUCUGCCCCGGCCUCCACCCCGCCCCGCUCCCUGUGCCCUCUCUGCCCCGGACCCCGCCCCGCCCCGCUCCCUGUGCUGCUCCCGUGCUUCCCUCUGCAACACUUCUGUUGUUGUCCUGUGUGUACAGUAUAUAUAUGUAUAUAUAUUUUAAUUUUUUAAUUUAAGCAAAGCUAAAAUCACCCAUGUGAUGCUGCAGGGGCCUGUCAGGGUCGGGGGGACGUCCGGAGACGGGGAGAGUGCUGCGGGCUUGGCUGGGGCAGGUUCAGGUCAGGACAGGCAAGGCUGCCCGGGGCAGGUGGCCGUCCCCCAGUCCCUGUCCCCGCAGUGCUUGACUGACAGGCCGACGGGAGCCUCUGGAGGCGCCCGCUCUGUCCUAGCCUCCGCGUGGCCGCCAGGCACGCCCAGGUGCCAGAGAUCGCUGGCCGAAGGGGCGGGAGGCCAGCGUGCGAGGCCCCCCGGCAGCCCCCGGCUCCUGCCCCUCCCCGGGCCCCCACCUCCACGGGCCGCCUCAUUUUCUGUUCUCAUUUUGCAGAGUUGCACACGGAGAGAACUCAGCACGGGGGGUUGGUUCUUUGGGUUUGUUUUUUGUUUGUUGGUUUAAUUUAAUGGUUUGUAAAGUGACUCUCUUCCUUUUUACACUUUCAGCUCAUAUUUAACCUCUGUUUGGAAAAUGAUUCUUGUAACUGUACUUUUUUUGCCUCCUAACAACAAUGAGAAUAAAUGACGGUUUUGUGUUGGGG